ACAAUGAGACCAGCAGCAAUAUGAAUGAGCCAUUCUUAGCAUUUCACAUAUUUACUCAUAUAAUCCUGCAAAAACCUUCAAGAAGUACUGUUACCUCUUAUGAAAACGCCAGCCUUUGAGAUAGAAAGGUUCUUGCAUUUUAAGUACAGAACCAAAAUUUAGAGCCAGUCAAUGUCAGUGGCUUCAUGUGAUCCCUCAAUCCCCACGUACCCUGAAAGAGAAACCUUGGGAAAGAAAAAGAUGGAAUAUUUAUGAUCCAUAGAAUAAUUUGGCUCUCUUUGACAACUGUUUUCCAAAAGCUCUUUCUCAAGAGUGGUUAGCUAGUGGACUCUAGAGCAGUCAUUUAAUUAAAAGAUAAGUGGUAUAGCCUUUCAAAUUAUCUAAUUAGAGCAUGUGUGGAUAUGUCUGAGUAGUAUGCAUAUCCAAUAAUCAUGCUUAUCAUGUAUAUAUAAUUUUUUUCCUGAGAAUCAAUUGAGAUUUACCCUAAUAUGUGUGUAUAUAUAGAUUUAACUCAGAUUCAUGCCACAACUGAAAUCAAACAUCAUAAUUGACCAGGUGAAUUCAUUUACAUUAUGAUUGCACAUGUAUUUGUAAGAUUUGUAUUCUAAACUGCUAAGCAGCAGAAUGCUUUUAUCGAUUCGUGAGCUUUACUUGCUGAUAGAUUUUAUUCAGUCUUUGCAAACCAAAUCUUCUCUAUCUCCCCUAGCUGGGUAACUUGAGAAUUGUUUGAAAUAAAUUUGCCUAUAGAAGUCUCUUUGUUAAGUAGAGCAAAUGUUUCCUAAAGACUUCACUGUCACCCCACUGCUUUAGCUGACGUGUUAGGCUUUGCAAUGAAAUCCUUGGUGUGUUUGCAAUUAAAAUAUUUUUUAUUUCAUAUUAAUGAUGAUAACCUUUACUAGGGCCAAAGCCAAAACAAACAGGGCCAUGGAAACAGAAAAUCAAGAUGUAAUAACUCAGUAAAGAUAAACAACUUGGGAUUCAAACUGAGCAGCUUUCCAGAGGCAGGCAUAAAGUUACCAAGAAUAAAAUAAUGAGUGACUUUCUUUUCUAUAUUACUAUAGAAAUAAUUUGUGGAACAUCAAAUAUCAGCUUUCUCAAACUAACUUUAAUCAUCACACCUGGAUCACUGAAUUUCAGCCCUGAGCACACUGGAAAUUAAUUUAUGUCUAACAGACUUAUUUUGAGGGGAAGGGAUCUUUCAUAUAUUUGAGAAGUGAGAGUACCACACUGAAACUCAGUGAUCCUCAUCUACUCCUGAGCCUGACAGAGAAUUCUUGGGUUGCAAAAGUAACCUCUAUCCUUGAAAAGACAUUAUUUACUUCAAGUUAGGAUUUAUCCACUUGUACUUUUCUCUUAAUUAUAUUUUAUCCCAUUUAUUCAUCCCCAAAUCUUCUUCCCAGACCACCAUAUCUGAAAAAACCGUAUUAAAAUAUCUUUGUUUAAACUUUGAAUAUCUCAUUUCCUAAUCUAAUAUAUUAGUAAAUUAGCAAAAACAUGGUAUUUCCCCCAAAAAGCCAAGGAAUCAGGCAUGUCUCCAACAGACACCCCUUCAAUCAUCUCUUAAACUCAAAAGAAGUGUUACAGAAGGUGACCCUAGUCCAAGAGGUUUCAUUCUGAAAAAGCAAUUUGGGGCAAGCCUAGUUCAGAGUCACCCUGUGAGAUGGAAUGGCUAUGCCAUGUGCUGGAACAAAGACAAUGCCGUGUAAGAACUGGCUACUUUCUCUACUCUCAAGGCUGCUAACAGUCCUUCCUUCGGCCUUUGAUCUCUCUUGGGAGUCUUCGAAUUCAAGCAGAGGCCAAUGUCUUCUUCAGCUGUCUUCUGCACAAAUUCUUCCAGCAGCUUUGGCAGGUGCACCGCCUGUUUCACCGCAGAGGAUGGACAUGAUGGACGGCUGCCAGUUCUCGCCUUCCGAGUACUUCUACGAGGGCUCCUGCAUCCCGUCCCCCGAGGGCGAGUUUGGGGAUGAGUUUGAGCCACGAGUGGCUGCCUUCGGGGCUCAUAAAGCAGAGCUGCAGGGCUCAGACGAGGACGAGCACGUGCGAGCGCCGACAGGCCACCACCAGGCCGGCCACUGCCUCAUGUGGGCCUGCAAAGCAUGCAAGAGAAAGUCCACCACUAUGGAUCGACGGAAGGCGGCCACCAUGCGCGAGCGGAGACGCCUGAAGAAGGUCAACCAGGCCUUCGAGACUCUCAAGAGGUGCACCACGACCAAUCCCAACCAGAGGCUGCCCAAGGUAGAGAUUCUCAGAAAUGCCAUCCGCUACAUAGAGAGCCUGCAGGAGCUGCUGAGGGAGCAGGUGGAGAACUACUACAGCCUGCCGGGACAGAGCUGCUCUGAGCCCACCAGCCCCACCUCCAACUGUUCGGACGGCAUGCCUGAAUGUAACAGCCCUGUCUGGUCCAGAAAAAGCAGCAGUUUUGACAGCAUCUACUGUCCUGAUGUACCCAAUGUGUAUGCUACAGAUAAAAGUACCUUGUCUAGCUUGGAUUGCUUAUCCAGCAUUGUGGAUCGGAUCACCAACUCAGAGCAACCUGGAUUGCCUCUCCAGGACCCGGCCUCUCUCUCACCAGUGGCCAGCACCGACUCUCAGCCUGCAACUCCAGGGGCCUCUGGUUCCAGGCUCAUCUAUCACGUUCUAUGAACUAAAAUCUAGUCUAGAUCAGUUCUGCCCAGAGGGCCUAUUACACAGGAGGAAGGAGGCCUCAAAAGUCCGAAAGCAAGACAACGUGCAUACGAAGAUUUCCUUGCACUUGUAAAUUUGUAAAUAUUAUCUUGCCACUUUAUAAGAAAAUGUAUUUAACUAAAAGCUAAAAAGUCACCUUUGCAAUUAAUACUUUAUUAUUUCCCUCCUCCUCCUUCUUCUUUGCUUUAGAUACUAUUAGUUCCAGUUAUAUUACUUCUGAUAGGAGGCAACUCACUGAAGGUAGCUUAAUGCAACACUUAACUUAAGUUUUUUUUAAAAUAAAUAUUGCUUAUCAAGAUAUUAUCUCUGGUAUUUAGAUCUUUAUUUUUUCCUUCAAAACAUUAGAACAGCUGAAAAUCAGUUUCAGGAAGCUUUAAAUAUAUUUAACUAUUGUUUUUCUCUUUAGCCCUUUGGUUAUAUUGUAUUAAAUAAAAAGGUAACAAUACUGCCUAAUGGUAUAUAUUUUUAUCUCUUCUUACAAAAAAUGCAUAUUUUAAUGUAAACACAAAAUAGUACUUUGUGGAUAAUUUCAAGAUAUAAGAAAUUUUGGAAAUUCCACUAUAAAUAAACUUGUUUA